CGACGGCUUCACAAUGGCGGGCACUCAUCCUCUAAACCCGUAGCUUCUAAAAUACAUGUACAAUGAGGGCGUCAAGCUCAGCCUUGUCGAGCAAUGCUCUUGUGAUCGGCUCUGCCCUUGUUGCCACGGGUGUAACACUGCUGAGCUUGAAGGUAUUUCGGACAAGGCAAUGGCGAUCGAAGCGCCGACAGCAAGUGGUUGGCGUGGAAGAAGAUGACGUGGAAGAGGUCGCUGCCUUGUCUAUUUUACAAUGGAUUCUGGCUAAGAACCAAUUCGAUGGUACCGAUCAAACUGUCUGUUGUGUAAUAUUGGAGUCAGGUAGUUGUCCAUCCGAAGAGCAAGUCCAAAAGACAGUCAGUCUGUUGAAGAAGCGACACUCUCCCUUGCGAGCAGUCUUGGCUGCCAAAGAGGAAAAUCAAGAAGUUGUCUUGGUGGUCCCCAAAUCGGCCUCUUCCUCAGGGAUGGUCGAUGUGUCCCGAAACAAGAAUUGGCGAGAUGAGGUUCACGAGCAGUUGAACUGUUUACAGUUUCCCAGGCCAACCUCUAGUCUGCCCACUAUUCCCUUGUGGAAGGUAGUUCUCGUGGACAACACUGAUGCUGGCCAUGAUGAGCAUGGUGAUUCUGCAAUUGUGUUUGCAUUGAACCAUGUUCAGUUUGAUGGUACCUCUCGAAACCGUUUUCUGGGGGCAUUUUUUGAUGCUCUAGGCGAAGUCAGUGAUGGUGCAAUAAAUGACCAUGAACCAGUUCCAUACAAUCUACAGACUCUUACUCGAGAGACACCUUCAAUGGCUUGGUCUACAUUUUUCGUUGCCCUGCGGCGACAUGUUCAUGAUUCUAUUCGACUGCGGCAUAAAACAUUUGAAUUUCCCUUGGAGGAUGCUCCAGGGAUCAAAGAUCCACAAAUUAUACCAGAAACCAAGUGGAUUACCUCGUUGCUUUCUCAAGAAGAAACAACCCGCAUCAUCCAGCAAUCGAAGCAAGAAGGCACAACCGUUCAUGGUGCCGUUUCAGCAGCACUGUAUCGUGCACUGGAUUUGAUUGCGCGGGAGAAGACGGGCAAUCAAACCGAUGACUACUCGUUUUCGAUGAUGCACAUGAUUUCUCUCUGGGGUACCAUAAAGGAGUUCAUUCCUGCAGAGGCAGUGGCAGGCUGCUUCAUUGGAGUCAAGGGCGUGAGAAUGACGACCACAGCACAACCUCAAAACAUGUGGGACAUGGCUCGUGGCAUCAAGGCUCAAUUGCAAGGGUAUUUGCCAUGGAACUUGAAGCACUACGUAGUCUAUAUGCUGGUGAUGAAAUUCCUCAAAACAACGUACAUGGUGUCUCCAGCACCACCGGCGUUUAAAAGACUUCGCUGUGAACGGUUCAAUUAUGGCGUUUCCAAUAAUGGGUUGCAGUUCUAUGGCAACUACAGCAAGGGUGUGAUCAAACAUGUCUUUAACAAUGUGACGCGACAUUCAGCACCUGAUUGUAUGGGAGAGCUCAAUCUUUGCACGGUCCAUGGAAGUAUGAAUCUCACUUUUGCCUAUUACACUCAUAUCUGGUCGGAGCAGACCGCACUGGCCUUUGUGAAUCAUUUCAAGCAGCAACUACUGCAAAUGUGUGGGUUGUGAGAUUUGUUUCCUUUCCAAUCGGUAAAUGAAGCACUGCAAAUAAACCAGUUUGAAGGAUAGACUUUUGGCAGAUACCGAGAUACUUCUAGGCACGGCAGUAGCAAUGGUAACUUAUCCCCACUCCCGCACCUAAUCUUACCAUACACAGGUACCACACCUGGUCCAUCUGGAGGCGAGACGUCGACCAACGCCUGGAUCAAACCUUUUCCAAAUCCAGCUGCACCAGAACUAGACCAACGUCACCAAAGCUGCUGGCCUUGCCAGUGCAGCCUGACCCCAGACCUGAGACUAGACUCUAUGUGAUGGAGAACGUUGAAUGCUGUGUAGACUAAAGCUAAAACCCCUUUGCCUCUCGGCUUCA